AUGGUGAGGGUGGCUGGUUUUGGAGAGUUUGUCAGUGUGCUGACGAGGGCGAGUAAUGAUCGCCAGGUAGUGAGGGCACUUGCCGAUAGGUGGUGGGACACGACAAACUCGUUCCACUUCUCUUUCGGUGAGAUGAUGGUGACGCCAUUGGACUUUGCGGCGAUCACCGAUCUGAGGGUCGAAGGUGACCCUAUCCCUUACGAUGCUACAGCGGGGAGAGACCCCAAGCUUCAGAGGCGUCUCUUGGGGUAUAAGCUGAGGGCAAAAAAGGGGGAUACGCCAUAUCCCCAGUUGUUGGAGUUUUGGACGGAGCCCCUAGAGAGUAGAGUUCAGGAGGAGCAGAUGGCAAGGUGCUUCCUAGUGUACGUGCUCGGUGUGUCUCUGUUUCCUAACAGACGCAACCGAGUACAUUUGUCGUUUCUGCAGGCGCUGAGGAAUAUAGAGGAGAUUGCCCAUUUUGAUUGGGGUGGCACAGCUUUGGGGGCGUGCUAUGCCUUCAUGGGAUCUCUUUCCCAAGAAGCAGGGAAAAGCCUUGGCGGUUAUUGGCGACUUUGGACGUACGAGGUACUGGUUAUGUAUCCUCCCAUGACGUCGUGCCCCAACGAUACGAUACUCCCUCGGGCCCUCCAUUGGUCGAAGGAGUAUCGAGGAGUAAAGAAAGGAAAAGGCGAUCUGAAUGCCUACCGGGCUGUACACUGGCACAUCUGGGACCGCUUCGAGGUUCCAUAUGUGGCCCAGAGCAGGGUGGUAGCGAGAGGGAGGGUGCUGCUUGAGUCCCCUUACGACUGGGAGUGGUACCUGGGUGACCGGGUAUCACAUCAGUUGUUAAGGCUCGACGUUUUUCGAGUCCUUGGGCCGCUUCCUCCUUUCAUUCAGAGGACGAGCGAAUACACGCUGGAGGAGGUGGAACGGUUCACGCAGCCGGACCUUCAGCUCGAGCCAUUGUUUCAGGCCGGUACUGACUACGCGGAGUACCAGGCUCAAUACAUGAUGCAGGGCUUUAAGAUUCGUGCUGCCUGGGAGGCACAAGGUGGUAGAGGUGGUAGGAGAGGUAGAAGGGGAAGAAGAUGA